ACGUUGUUUGCGCAUUCACAGGUACGCUUAAACAAGAAGAUAAAAACCUACCCCCGCAGCAUGCCCAAGCUGCUCAAGCCCACUCGCUCCACAACACCACCGUAUCUUGCCAUUGCAAGAAUACUCGCCUACCAUCCGCUCGCAAUCCAACUCCACCCAGAUAAUAGCUCUACACGUCCGCAAAACCACCCGAUGCAGUCCGCACACCCAUCAUCAACGAUGGACGGUUCCCCCCGAACCCAGGACGCGAACAUUGCUCCUUCACUACAAUACGCCAUAAUGCGCGCCUGGAUCAACCUUACGCGCCAAGACGACCCACGCAGAUACUGCAUGACCAUGCUCGUCCUCAUUCUCCAGAUCCUGCGCGUCGACAUUUCGGAAAUCGAGGAGCUGAAUAGUAGUCUAGAACAAGUCGGUCUACUGGAUUUCCCAGAUCUGAUCUGCCAUGAGAUCGUGAAGUAUACUAGCAUUGAACGCCCUGUGGCAGAUACGGCGGUAUUAAUUCGAAUCGAGCGAUCUGUUUGGCGAUCCGCGUGGAGAGAUUUGUGUUUGACGGCUAGUGAGGUUGUAGCUGGGAGGGAGGGUACAGGAGACCCAGAUUCUCAGUCAUCCGCUGGUGGCCCUGAUAUCGGGAUGACUAAUGAAGGCCGACGGUGGCUGCAUAGGAGCAUGGAGGUUCCCGUUUCUGACGAGGAGAUUAUCGAGCGACUGAGCAAGAAAACGAAUAAGUUGGAGAAGGAUGUUGCUCGGGAGAAGAUGUAUUCGGAGAGAUUAGAAAAGACGCUUCAUGACGCGAUCGAUAAAUUGGGACCUCGAAUUGUUCUUGUUCUGGUUGCUGCAGGCGCUAUUUGGUAUGCGGGAUGGCGUUUCUUGGUAAGGUUAUUCUAUGGCUAG